AGAGACCAGUAUGGCGGAGUCUUCCUUCGGGAGUUCGAGCCCCGUUGGCUCUUUCUCCUCCGAGGAUCAUGAUUUUGAUCCAACAGCUGAGAUGUUGAUUCAUGAGUAUGAUGACGAAAGAACUUUAGAGGAGGAGGAACUUCUGGAUAGAGAGAAGAAUUUCAGUGCAGAAUUGGCUGACUUGGAGAGGGAGGGGAACAUGCCAAUCGAGGAGUUGUUGGCUAUGUAUCGUUACGAGGAUUCAGUCAGUACAGGGGCAGGAUCGAGCAUGGACAGUUCUUCUGUUGACCUUGCAGAUGACCUGCCUGACAUGACACUCGAUAAGGAGGAGAUAGCAAAAGAUCUCUUGUCGGGAGAUUAUGAGGAGGAGACGCAGUCCUCUGCUGAUGACCUGACUCCUUCGGUUACAUCCCAUGAGGCCACAGACUUCUUCCCUAGAACACUCAGAUCCAACACGACUUAUGAUGGUGAUAAAGAAUCUGAAGGGGAGGAGGACGGUGUGAGCAGUGAAGAUUCCAGAAAGGAAAUAAUGGUGGGGUCUCAGUAUCAAGCAGAAAUUCCCGUUGGGCUCAGCCACUAUAACGAUGAUGAAAAGGUGUAUAAGGAUGAAGAUCAGUUGCUGUGGAGUCCUGGCGUGCUGUCAGAGUGUAAAGUGAAAGACUAUCUCAGAGAAGCACUGUCACAGUCUACAGACGGAUGUACUGAAGAUUCCGCAUCUGAACACGUACGAGAUAAUGAGCAGGCCUUGUUGGAGCUUUUGAAGUGUAAUUAUGACACCCACGAGGCACUGACACAUUAUUGCAAUAAUGUGAAGACGUCAAAAGAAGAUUCACCACCAUGGUCAGAGGAUGAAUGCAGGAACUUUGAACAUGCACUGCAGAUUUAUGAGAAGAAUUUCCAUCUUAUUCAGAAACACAAGGUUCAAACACGGACUGUUGCAGAAUGUGUGGCUUUUUAUUAUAUGUGGAAAAAGUCUGAACGUUUCGACUACUUUGCUCAACAGAACCGAUUUGGCAAGAAGAAGUACAGUAGUUACCCGGGUGUGACAGACUUGAUGGACAGGCUGGUGGAUGAGGCGGAGGGUUUGGCGGUGGACAGCUCAUCCUCUGUGUGUUCAGCUGGAGCAGAGGGAAGGAUGGAGGCAUCAGCAGAGGAACAGCUCGGACUGCUCAACUCCAUUACUGCCAGUGACCUUACCGCCCUUAGUAACAGCGUAGCAACCGUAUGCAACGGUCCUGGAGACAUGAGCUGUUUAGACUCCUCAUACUUCCCUCCUCUGGAGAGUUUACACAGAGGAGCCCUAAACCAUGACGAGCAUCUGAGCUACAUCACAAACGGAGACAACGGCUGCCUCAACAUGCUGGAUUCCAGCUUCUAUCGCACGGACCUGGGCCAGAUCAGCAUGUACAGCACCAAAGACUGUGAACGGCCAUCCAAGAGGCUCAAGAUGGGCCUUUCAGAGUCCUUCAUUAAUGACGUAUCUGUUUCUAACCUGGCUGUGGACUUCGAGGGCAGACCUACACAUCACUUCACAGGUGCCACAAUGGCAGUGUCGGUCACAGACUUCAGCAGCAUAGGGAGCAGUGAAGCGAACGGUUUCAUCAGCUCGCAUUCGCGACAUCACCAACACAACGCACUUCAGUCAGAUUGAUUCCUUACUCAGACCCACAUUCUCCCAUUUACUGACUAUUAGUUGUUUUUUUAAUUAUAUAUAUAUAUAUAUAUAUAUAUACACACACACACACACACACACACACACACACACAUAUAUAUAUAUAAGUAUACUUUUUGGUCGUUCUUUUUUUUUGUUUGUAAUAUGACAUCAGUGAUGUCUUUAUUGUACAGAGCUAAGAAAUCUUGAUUUCUCAAGAGUUUAAAUAGCCAUUUAUUUUUCUGGUUCUGCAGAUAUUUAAAAUCCUUUUUGUCUAUGGUGAUAUACAGUUAAACCUAAAUGCUGGAGCAGAGAGGCGUGGUCUCUUACUGUACUCAUCCCAACGCCUGCAUCUUUCAGUUUUAAAGUCGCUGCUGCCAAAACUGGGGGUGGGGGGGUCAUGUAUGUGAGUUCAUUUCUAAAUUGAUACUUUUUUUUUUUGGUGUUUACACAACCCAAGCUAGACUUAAGCCUUGGAAAUUGUAGCAUUAUGUAUAUCAGGAAAAUGGCUUUUGUAAUAUAAAUAGUGACUUCUUUAGAACAAAGAUUAGAUGUUAAAACAAAGAGCACUUCUAGUCACUAAGAUGUUUUCAUGUAUUCCACUAAUGUUGAUGCUUGUUGCCCUUAUAACGCAUGCAUGCCCACGUAUUUUAAGAUUCCUUGAGUUCCAUGUUUUGUAUGAAAGAAAGAUUGCUUUUGCAUCUCGUUGAUUGGUGUAGCAGUUCGAGUUAAAAAAAAAAACUAUUGUGCAAGCUUUAAUAAUAUAUCUGAUUUAUUGUGGUAAUCCACACAUUUAAAAAGAUAAUUUGUUUUGGGGUGUCAUCCUUUUGAUGAUCAGAGAGAAGAAACAAGAACAAAUGUUUUAAACUCAAGUAUUACUUAAGUAUCAAGUAUUUUUACUGAAAAAUCUUGAAACCACACAUUGUCUGUAGAUUCACGAUUUUGUCCCUGAUUUGGCUUUCUAAUAGGAGGUUUUAUGGGACAGAUGUGCACUAUGGGACAGUCACCUGCACUUGACAGUAUUAGCAUAGAUUAAUGUUUAAACUGUACAUAUAUUAAGCUGUGAGAAAUGCACAGAGCAUUUAGAAUUCCCAUAGAGGAUGUACAUCUGUUUAAAUGAUUCACAUUAUCUUCACAGGCGCCAAUCAAUAACUAUCAACAGCUUUAGUGCAGAUUGAACCAGUGUUAUUUUUUUUUCAGCUAUGCAUUAUGUAUAUUUGGUUGCUACCAGGGGUAUGUGGAAAACCUGAAUGUUUAUUGAUAAUUGAGCUAAUUUUUGAUCACACUUUUACCUCUCUUUUAUGUUAAGCUCACGGUCUUCAAUUCUGCCAAGUUCGUUACCAUUUUUGUAAUUUGUGUGCACUAAGCUAAUUGGACUUUUGUUCAUUCGAGACAAUACAAGCUAAUUAAUGUACCGUGCCAAAAAUCAAUUGUCUUGGCGCACUGCAUCAGAACCGAUACUUACUCUGAGCUUGAGUCCCGUUUGCUUUUUGCAUGCAAAAAGAAAAUAACCUUUCAUUUCUAUUGUAUAUUAAUUGCGCUGAUCAUGAUUAGGCUAAAUAAGUGCACAAAUGAUGAAAGUGUUAUUUAUGGCAAUAAUAUGUAGAUAUGUACAGAUUGUUCUACUCUUCGAAGUCUCAUAAUAUUCAUUACUUUAUUCCGCUUUUUGUUUGCUGCAGUAAGAGACAACGAAUACAUGCAUGAUAGUGGUGAUCGUUUGAGAAAAAUACCACAUAUCAUUUUGUGAGAGAUUUAUAUAGAAAUGGAAAUUAUAAUUAUAGAUCAUUUUAUUCUUAAGCAUCCGUAUAUGGACACAGUUUAUUUCUUUGCUCAUUAGAAGAGUAUGUUUCCAGUUGUUCACCGUGAUUUUUACACCCUUGAUAUUUAACAGCUGCUAUCAGUAAUGUGAAGAGUUUAUUGAAUGCACUGCAGUUGCAAUUAUAAGUUGAGUUGAAAGAGUCUCAUACAUCUGCAUAGUUCAUGCAUAGAAAAGUACUCAUUAAUAGCAUGUUUGGAGAUGUGAUUAUAGACACUGAUUGAAAUGGAUCAGUGGAUUGUUCAUUGACAAGUUAGAAAGCACUACAAAGAAUCGGUCAAUAAGAGAACUUUAUCAUGCACAACAUACAACACAACUAAUGUAGUACUUGGUGCUCAUAUGAAAAGUUUUUUUCUUUUUUUUAUUUUUGUACUUUGUGUCUGUGCUCUGUAUAGAUAUUAGUACUUUUAUAAAUGAUACAGCAAACUGCACAGUUGUGUCUUUGAGUAGAUUUGCUGAGGUACUGUGGAAGUGAUUUUAUCCCGAAAUGUUUUGCAUAUUGUAUGUUUAAUUUUAAACUUUAAGACCAGAAUGUACAAGUUGUUUUGACUACAGAAUUAACACAUCUUUGAAAAAUAUCAAGAAAAGUUUUAUGUAUCCUCAGUGGCUUUGGGUGUGUGUUCUAUUUCAUUUAGAAAUUUAAAUGAAUUAUUAAGCAGGGGGUGGGGGUGAGAACAAUGGGAAAAUUUGUGAACAAAGCCAACAAAUCCUAUAAAUGUAUAUCCAUAUAUAAAGACAAUCAUAACAUUUAAUAAUGGAAUUAUUCAAACAGAUAUCUGUUGUUUAUAAAAUAUGUAAAUAUAAUUGCAUUGCUUUUUGUUUUGCAUUAUUUUGUAUUUUUGUUGUACUUUUAU